ACAAAGAAAAAUAAGAAUCAAAACGAUUGGAUUUUCUCAGUUGUCUUCCUUGAAAUCUUGUCUUUUAUCCCCAAAAAAGUGACAAAAAUCAUGGAAGAAGAUGGACAAAGAACUGGGGCUCAGUCGAGGGUGGCUAGUGCAAGCGCUGCGCAAAUAUUCGACGAUGAAGAAGGACGAGAAAGUGAAGAAACGUUACCCACAGCAUUACCGUCUGCCCUGAAUAUGUGUUGGUCUUUUGGCUUAAACAAAAGUGUGCCAGUCAUAAACUUGUCUGAAGGCAACAAAAAGGUGAUAUUCUAUGCCACAGCACACACUGGAAUUCUGUAUGACUUUGAACACAAUAAACAAAGACUUCUACAAGGACAUUGUAAUCCCAUAACCUGUAUCUGUGCGAGUGAAGACAAACGCUGGAUCGCUACUGCUGACAGUGGAGUUAACAGUAUGGUUAUCAUAUGGGAUUCUUUUACUGGAAUCCCAGUACAAACCAUCUUUGAUGCUCAUGAGAGUGGAUGCAUUACUAUUGGAAUGACCCCAGAUGCCAAGUAUAUUACAACAAUCAGUAGCACACUACCACAGGUUGUAUCGGUGUGGGACUGGACAUCCAAUGGUGAUAUUCCACUCUGUUCUGCUACUUUAGAUGGUGACUUUGGAAUGCAGACAUUCAUCAUCUUUAACCCAGAUGACACAACUCAGCUUGUUAGUAACAGCCCAUCUCAAGUCAUUUUCUAUUCACUGGUUGACGAUAAGUUAGAAUAUGUUGCUCCACCACUGACUGACAAGGAUUUCAACAGGAGUGUAGGUUCAUACAGUCAGUCAGUCUUCCAGUACCAGUCCACAAGAGCCCUAACAGCGACCAGUUGUGGCAACAUUGUGGUCUGGGAACACACUGGUAAAGAUCUACCCUGUAAUAGAAAAGCAUUCAAGAUUGUUAAACUGCAGGACAAGGCCAUUACCGUGCUUACGACUAUCGAAAAGUAUAUCGUGACAGGAGAUAUUUCUGGCCAUGUUCGAUUCCUUGACCAACAGCUACGACUCUCAAACUGGUAUAAACAUUUUGAUGCUGGUGCUGUAGAAUCUGUGUCGUUUUCCUUCGCUAAACCGCCUCCUCCACGAACGAACGCUAAGAAUAUCGCACUUGCCGCCAGUUCUACACUCGACGCCGCCCCUUUCGUAGUCAACGACUUCGUCAUUGGUACGACGAGUGCUAAUGUGGUCUUCUUCUCCCCAUCUACCAACAGCUUACAGUGGGUGCGUAAGGAACACGACAUGCCUGUCCAUGCAAUCGCAUGCCAUCCAUCUCAACCACAGAUUUGCAUUGGAGGAUACAACGGAGACAUUCAACUGUGGGACUACGAGGAUAAGAAGCUUAUCAUGAGCCGUAAAUUCAACAAGCUUUUAGUGAAUUGCGUGACGUUCAACUCUACUGGAGAUCUACUUGCCCUUGGGUUCACCAACGGUGAAGUUCGUAUAAUCGAUGCUGUAACGUUGCGUGACGAAGGAAGUGAUGAUAGUGUUGCGAUUUUCAACCACUGUCACGACAGCGUGACGCACAUUCAGUUUUCUCAUAAUUCUCAAUACCUCGCAACAGCUGACCUGGAUCGUUGCGUGACACUUUUCAAAAACCAACCAGAUGAUGACAAAGAACCCUGGGUGUACAUUGGAAAACAAAGAGCGCAUUAUAAGACGAUACAAGAUAUUCAAUUUGGUAUUGAACUGGACAGCGAUAUACCACGGCUUUUAUCUCUGGGACAAGACAGAGUAUUGGUUGAAUACGAUCUAAUGAACAGUAGAACAGACGACGUACAACUUCUGAGCUCAGAACGAAUCGAACAGAGUGCUGUACCGCAGUGUUUUACAUGGUACCCUCCGAUCAUCAAGGAGAACUUUCUGGUGGUCGCUAACGAUCAGUUCAAGCUGAAGUUGUAUAACUCAACUACAAAGAUGUGUCGUAAGACGUUACUCGGACCAACCUAUGGUACAGCCCUGCAAAGAAUUAUUGUUCUUCCGGCGUACGAGGAUCGAGAGAACCGCUUCAUGACUUACAUCACAAUGGACAAGAUUGGUGUACAAAUGCUUCCUCUUGAUGGUAAUCCUCAUAAGUCCAUGGCUCUUAUCGCUCAUCCUGACGGUGUGUCAAACUUGUGCAGUUCAUACGAUGGGAAGUACGUGUUCACGGCUGGUGGUGAUGAUCUUAGUGUUCUCAUGUGGCAAGUGAAUCCAGAUGCCCUGGAGGCCGCGGCCAGACUUGGCGGUGAGGACUUGAUUCCAUUCUACGGUCUGCUGGAAGGAGGUCGAGAGGGCGAGUUGUUCGCUGAACUAGAAGAUUACUUCUAUUAUGCGCAAAUCAGAGAUCAAAGCGUGGAUACAACAGAAACGCGUCAAGCAUCUACCAAGGUUCCUCUGAGCCAAGUCCCGUACAUCGCUCGCGCUCUGGGCUUCUAUCCUUCGGAACAAGAGGUGGAAGAUAUGAUAAAUGAAGUGAAGUUUAGCAACUAUGUGGAAACGGGAAAAUACGUUACUCAUAUAGACUUGGGCGAGUUUAUAAAACUUUACGUCAACCACAGACCAGCUUUUGGUCUCUCACCAGCCGAUCUUCACGAAGCAUUUACUAAACUCGGUGUUGCUGGAGAUCUGGGCUUCGAGAUCGAUCGAGAUGAGCUCCUGACAAUGUUACAAAGCAAAGGAGAACACAUGACCGAAGGAGAACUGGCAGAAUGCAUGUCGACUCUCAUGGGCGAGGGAGACCUGGGAGGUAGUGCGGAGACUGGGACUUACGACGCCUCAGAUGCUGGCGAACUACUGCGUGCGCAUUUACCUGAGAAGUUCACCGCUGAAAGCUUUGCGGCUCAUGUGAUUGGAUUUAGCCUCGAGGAGGGAGAGUAGUAGAAAAAUAAAUUAGAAAGAAUUUUUAAGAAGCGAAAGUUCUGAAGUGUUCUCGAGAAAUUGUGAAGUAUUAUCUUUUGCAUAAUCAUUUAUUAUAAGUUUAUUUUUAGCGUCACCCUGUACAUAUGUUUAUAUUACAUUUUAACAAAAUCAAUAAAUAAAACACUGAAAAUUUACUUUGA